AUGUUGCUUCCUAAUGAGCGAAUGACGAUUAAAGAAAGAAAACAUGAUUAUCUUUAUGAUCCAUUAUACAGCCUUUCAAGUGCAGCUGACCAUGAAAGGAUUGCAUCUAAAGAUCAUUCAGGCAUAUCGAAAAUGCAAAAGUUGUUCUCCUUUCAGAAUUUGUUCAGCGAAAUACCUAUAUAUCGUCCUUAUGUAUGGCGACUUAACCCAAGUGACCCCGUUUCUAUGUUCGUGUCUAGAUAUUUCCACCAUGUAGAUGUGUGCAAAAAGUUAAUCCAAAUGUAA